CAAGUAAUUGCUUGAAUUGGAAAUAAUUCUAAACAUUCAAGAAUGCUGUGAUCCUUCUUCUCUACAGGCAUUGGAAUGGACUCCUGUGUGAUUCCUUUGAGGCAUGGGGGUCUAUCCCUGGUGCAGACUACAGACUUUUUUUACCCACUAGUAGAAGACCCUUAUAUGAUGGGCCGCAUUGCUUGUGCUAAUGUGCUGAGUGACCUUUAUGCCAUGGGCAUCACAGAAUGUGACAACAUGCUUAUGCUGCUGAGUGUGAGCCAGAAAAUGACCGAAGAGGAACGAGAAAAAAUCAUGCCUCUGAUAAUCAAGGGUUUCCGGGAUGCAGCAGAGGAUGGUGGCACUUCAGUAACUGGUGGACAGACUGUCUUGAAUCCUUGGAUCAUUGUUGGCGGAGUUGCAACAGUUGUUUGCCAGCCCAAUGAAUUUAUUAUGCCAGACAGUGCAGUUCCAGGAGAUGUCCUUGUGCUUACCAAGCCUCUGGGGACUCAAGUGGCUGUAAAUGCUCACCAGUGGUUAGAUAAUCCAGAGCGGUGGAAUAAGAUUAAGCUGGUGGUCUCCAAAGAAGACGUUGAAUUGGCCUACCAGGAAGCCAUGUUUAGUAUGGCCAUGCUGAACAGAACAGCUGCCAGUUUGAUGCAUACUUUCAAUGCCCAUGCUGCCACAGACAUUACAGGAUUUGGGAUUCUGGGCCAUGCACAGAACUUGGCCAAGCAGCAGCGGAGCGAGGUCUCAUUUGUCAUUCAUAAUCUACCCAUCAUUGCCAAGAUGGCUGCUAUUAGCAAAGCAUGCGGCAACCGGUCCAGGCUCCUCCAAGGGACUUCUCCAGAAACCUCUGGGGGGCUGCUGAUUUGUCUACCCCGGGAGCAAGCUGCCCGCUUCUGUGCCGAAAUAAAGUCACCUAAAUACGGAGAAGGACACCAAGCCUGGAUCAUUGGCAUUGUGGAGAAGGGCAACCAGACAGCUCGCAUCAUUGAUAAACCUCGUAUUAUUGAAGUCACCCCACGGGGAGCUAGUGCUUCCCCUCAGGAUAACAAUUCUAGUGCUAGCCCUGAAGUUGCAUCUUGAGAAGGGAAAAUGAUUUCUCCCCACUGUCAACUCUGCAGUUGAAAGGGGCAACACUCUGAAGUCCUGGGUAGAGUCUUAACGUUUCUACAGCACAAAUUGCCCAGAACUUAUCUCCUUAUUGAUUGAUGGCCGAUUCCUCCCUGUUAUCUGAGAUUAUUAGUUUUGAAAUCAUCUCCUGCAAAGCAGGUAAAAUUGCUAGCAUGGUGGAUAUGGAGAAUAUGGUAAUUCAAAUUAUUUAUUGGAAUAAUUCUGCCUAUUGAGCUCUCCCAACUUUUGGUCAGACUGAGCAGCUGAUCUAAAAGGAGGGUGGGUGACUUAAAAAGCCAUUUGGCUGAGUUUAGAGGCCUCUCUUCUCUUCAUGAAGCAUCUCCCUGAAAACCUUACAAAGGUCUUGGAGGAGCGGAGGAAUCCUAGAGGAGCAGUGCCAAGCUCAGCUUCAUGGAUCAUUGCUUUGGUUGUAAAUUAUGGGUGAUUGAGUUAAUAAAAAGUUCAUUUCUAAA